CCUUCUUUCACCCUAACACCUACACACCCCACAAGUCGAGUCACCUCCCUUCCCUCUUUCAAACCUCAGAAUGUCGAUCGCAAGAGCAUACACUCUAUCUAAUGGCAUCAGAAUGCCCUACGUCGGCCUUGGGACAUAUAGAGUCCGCGACCAGGCUACGCUCGACACUUGUCUUCUCGAAGCCCUUCGCGCCGGAUACCGCCUUAUCGAUACGGCGGCAGUGUACAGGAACGAAGCCGCGAUUGGGUCGAGUCUAAAACGGAUUCUGGAGCAGAACCUCGUCCCGGGACUCACUCGCGAGGAUAUCUUUUUGACGAGCAAACUAGCACCAAAGGAUCAAGGAUACGAAACGUGUCUCCAAGCCGUACAAGAUUCUCUCAAGAACCUCGGCGUCGACUACAUCGACCUCUACCUCAUCCACUGGCCCGGCACCGCAAAGCUAAAACUCCCCGACCCUCAAAACGCGAUCAACCGCUCCGAGAGCUGGCGCGCACUCGAAGAUCUCUAUCACGCCAGAAAACUCCGCGCCAUCGGUGUCAGCAACUACACCCUCGCCCACCUCUCUCAACUCGUCGAACGCCCUCAUCAUUCCCGUUCUCCAGCCCAGACCUCUUCACUCCCACACCCAGGAUCUCCCCUUCCUACCGGAGCAGGAACACACGGAUCCCGCACGAUGGUGAUCCCGCACGUCCACCAAUUCGAACUCCACCCACGCUUGUUCCAACGCGACAUGGUCGACUAUUGCCAGCACCACCGUAUCCAGGUCCAGGCCUACUCUUCCCUCGGCGAAGGCCGUCUUAUCUCGCUCACCCCUCCGCCGCCUCCAGAAAUGGAUGCCCAUUAUAAUGCGGCUCCUAUGCCUGGUGCUCUGGAUAUCAUGCCAGAUUUGAUCCGCAAGUACUUUCCUUUACCUUCUCCUCCUCCUCCUCCUAAUACGUCCGCAGACAUGAUGGAUAUCGACGCCAAUCCAGGGGGACUGCAGCUACUUCAAGAGAGCUCGGAUAUGAGACAGAAGAAUGAGUACUCGAAGCGCGCGGCUCAGAUCUUGUUGCGCUGGGGACUGCAACAUGGCGCCGUCGUCAUCCCGAAAUCAACCCAUCCGGACAGGAUUCGGGAUAAUAUUGACCUUUUUUCUUUCGAAAUCGACGCCGACGACAUGAACGCUCUGGAUGCGUAUUCGACACCGGGCGAACGAACUCGCUACUGCUGGGACCCGACAGACGUCUACUAAGCAUUUUUGUUCCCAACAAAACAAACGCGAAAAAAAUAAAAAAUAAAAAAGACUUGUUUCCCAAAUGUGACAAUGUGCUUUAUUUUUUGGCCUUUUUUGUCUUUUUAUAAAUGUCUCUAUCCCUCUUUUUUCUUAUGAUCUCGGAAUGCUUUGCCUUGUUAGCAAAAAAAUUCCAUCCAAAGUCAUAAUACCUUUUGUCCCAAUUAAAAUAAUUUUGUCCCUCUUAUGUUGUUAUCAUGUUGUUGUUAAUCUUGUUGAAAAUACAGUGCAAUGAAAGUAAAAGCUAAUAAAAAAAAAAAAUGAAGUCCCCUCUUGUUUUGUUUUGAAUAAAGCCCUGCUGUUUGUCCUUUUAUGUAUUUUUCUGUUGUUUCCCUCCUGUAGUAAUUCUUUUUGUGAUCCUAUUUUUUUUUUUGGCUUUUUUUUUUUUUUGGUUUUUGGUUUUU